UCUUUUGAACAGACACUGUCUUCUUCUUCUUCUUCUUCUUCUUCUUCUUCCUUUGAAAUUCUGAUAAUCUCUUCCCUCAAAAUUCAAUUUGCAGUCUCUGAUUAGCUUUAGCUCCAACAGCAAAUACAAGAUAAUGAGGGCUGAAGUUUCAUUUUUCAUUAAUAAGCUCCCAGCUUCUCUGUCUUUCAAAAUGACAGUCGCGUGAGUCUUACACUUCCCUACCUAAUCUACCGCCCCAUGGACGACAAUCCACCGCCGCAACAACCAUCCUCCAAAACCCUAGUUUCCUCCUCCAUUGCUCAUAUUGACAACUUCACUGACGUAGAUUACACCAUCAGUUCUAAUGAUGCAUCGGAGAAUGCUAUCAGAGGAAGCAUUGCCCAAAGAAGAGCAGCCAAAUUUGGGUUCAAGGCGGAGAAGAUUAAUACUGCGAGGUUUCGGACCACCAGCCCCUUGGCUUCGCCGGCUGAGGUGGGGGUUCGCUCACCUUGUAUAACUAUUCCACCCGGGAUUAGCCCUACCGCUCUGCUCGAUUCGCCUAUUAUGUUGCCCAAUUCUCAGCCUUCUCCCACCACUGGAACUUUUCCAUUACCGUGUCUCCAUUAUGAAAGUUCAAUGCUGAAUACAGUGGUUCCUGCUGAUGCUAACAAGGGUAGUAAUGCUGGUUCCUUCAGAUUCAAGCCUCACAAGAAUCCUGAUCCUCUGCCAGAUUUUGCGACAUUAGAAAAUCAGGGAAACAAUGUUAAUUAUCAAGCAGUUGUAUCUGUGGGACCAUCAAUGGCUUUUGAAUUUCCAGUAGAGUUCUCGAAGGAAGCUACCACAGAAAACUGUGCUGGAGGUUCAGCCACUGAGAUGAAAGUUUUAAAUGGAACGCUCGCAAAUUCUGACUUAAGUGAUGUGGAAAUGGGUCAUACUGAUGUGGCUGGCAAUCAAACCUCUAUUCAAAUGGAACCCAUCCCUGGGGAAAAUGUUGGGGCCCACAAUCCUCAUGAAGAAGAUAAAAGGACACUACCUGCACCAGGAAAUGGAAGGAAUUCAGAAGAUGGCUACAAUUGGAGAAAGUAUGGACAGAAGCAGGUAAAAGGUAGUGAAUAUCCAAGGAGCUACUAUAAGUGUACACAUCCAAAUUGUGAGGUAAAGAAAAAAAUAGAGCAUUCCCAUGAUGGCCAAAUAAUGGAAAUCAUCUACAAAGGUGCCCAUAAUCACCCUAAACCUCAGCCUAAUUGUCGAGCACAAGUUGGAUCAGCUUCUUCAUUUGAUGAGAUGCCAGAGAUGGAUGAAGGCGGUGAAAUCCGUGUCAAAGUUGAAGUUGGAUCUGUCUGGAAAAAUUCAAAACCAGGGCCUGAGGAUGUAAAAGUUGGUUCUGAGUGGAAGGCUGAUGGUUUAGAAAGGACAUCUUCAGCAUCUGUUGUGACUGAGCUUUCUGAUCUGCUAUCGGCCACCCAAAGGAAAUCUAUGAGCACCUUUAAAUCAGCAGGAACUCCAGAGCUUUCUUCCACCCUUGUUGGCAAUGAUGAUGAUUGUGAUGAUGGAGCUACUCAGGGAAGCAUAUCACUUGGAGUUGAUGCUGAUGUCGAGGAAUCUGAGUCAAAGAGAAGGAAGAUGGAGAGCUGCGGGGUAGAAACAAGUUUGGCAUCCAGAGCUGUCCGUGAACCAAGAGUAGUUGUCCAAAUAGAAAGUGAAAUUGACAUACUUGAUGAUGGCUACCGCUGGAGGAAGUAUGGCCAAAAAGUUGUCAAGGGGAAUCCAAACCCUAGGAGUUACUACAAAUGUACAAGUGCUGGAUGUUCAGUGAGGAAACAUGUGGAGAGGGCCUCCCACAAUCUGAAAUAUGUAAUUACAACAUAUGAGGGGAAACAUAAUCAUGAAGUGCCAGCAGCCAGAAACAGCAAUACCAUGAACUCUGGUGGUGGCAGUUUAAGCCAGAUUACAACCAAUACGCAGCCUGCUUUGGCAUUAGCCAGAAACACUGGGCCAAAACCUGAGACACAAAUUCAAGAUUUUGUUCCUGGCUUUAAUAGAAAACCAGUAUUUAACAAUGACUAUUUGAGACCCAGUUUUGCUGGAAAUUUCAGUAAUGGAAUGAAGCUUGGAGCUUCAACCAUUUAUCCUCUGAAAUACCCAACAUUUCAACAUACCAUGCCUUACGGCCCUUUUGAGAUCAACCGUAGUGCUACCCAUCACUCUGGCUCUAUUGCUUCACUUGUUCCAGAUUUUCCAAUUUCAUUGCCAUCAAGUAUUAAUGCAUCUGUGGGGCUUUCUCUGGCUGGUGCUGAUUUUAAUUAUAAUGGAAAACCAAUUGGUCAGAGUCAAGCUUUGCUCUCUGGGCAGCAGAUGGUGAAGCCCAAACAAGAGCAAAGGGAUGAUAAUCUUUAUGAUGCUGAGCAGUCCAUUAUUGAUCAUGUAAAUGCAUCUCCGUCAUCUUCAUCAGUAUAUCAACGCAUGAGGAACUUUCCAUCAUAGUCUUGCUUCUCAUAAAGUAGCGUCAGAAAGGUUAAAAAGAAAGGAAGAAAGAAUUAAAGAAAAGAAAGGAAGAGUCGUUUGUCUUCAGCGAUUAAAGGUAAUUAUUCCCUUGCAGUUCUGUUAUUAUGGUUAAUUUAUUUCUCAUUUCUAUAGAAGUGCACCUUAUCUUAUAGAAAAUGUAUACAGUUAUUUGUAUUAUUUUAUAUAUAGUUUCAAUUUUAUAACUGGAUCUUAUC